AUGUCUGAACUAAGCCAUAAUGUCAACUUUAACUUGUACAGUAACCUGUCCUCGUCGCUAGAAGAAACCACCAAAACCACCAAAACCACAAAUAGUACAAGAAACCCUAGUGCUUCCAGUGAUAGUGUUGGUGCACAGUUGAACCAUUUUCAAAUAAACACACCCAGAGCAGAGAAGCACUUGCAACCACAACAGCAACAACAGCAACAACACCCAAUUGAUUCUCCGUCCUCUACAGCAACCUCCAUUACAUCCCCUAACACUGUUGAUGACAAAGCACCCACAACAACAAGAAACAAGAAUCACACACCAGACGCAUCCCAUGUAAAUAUACUUGGAGAGCACAAGGAAGACCUGGAAAGGUUCAACAAGUUUGUCAAGAGAACAAUACACAGGUUGAAACUCUCCCCCGUAGUUCGUCACCAAAACACACAAAAAACCCACCAGCAACAACAACAGCAACAGGAACCGCAACAACAACAGCAACAACAAAAGCAAACACAACAAAUAGACUCUUUGCAUUCUCCAAACUCCAAGGAUGCACACCUCUCUCCAAUUGCUCCUCCAUCUUCAGACCCUAUCCGCCACAAUAACUCAGUAGUCUCAACAAACUCUUCAUCAAGCGACAUUUUUGAACGAUCAGUCACCAAAAACUCAGAGUCCUUAAACAGCUUAAGUAACCCAGAAACACCAUUCCACCGCACUUUGGAAAACUACACCAACCCCAUAUUGGACACCACCACGGAAAUACUAAUCAACCCCAAAAUCAAACUAGACCAGGUGAAAUUGAACUGCUAUUGCGACGAUGACGAAACACAAGUGCCCAAUUGCCGUUACAGAAGUAAAAGUACAGAAAGAAGAAGAAGAACAAGAACAAGACAAGAUAACACAUUAAGCUUAGAUAGCAGUGCCAAUAGCAGUACCCAAAACUUGAGUUUAGUAGGUAACAAUGGAAACACUGCAGAUCCUGAAGGCACUAUGAACAAUGGAUCAACUUCAGAUUUGUCACCAAGAAAAGCACCAUUUUCACCAACCAUAAGACCAAGAGCAAGAAGUAUCAUAUCACAACUGAUUAUUUCCACCUUGGAAAACUCUAAAAACAAUAAUUACCAUAACAAAAUUACUACCUCGAAAUCAUCGACUGGUGUAACCUCGCUCUCAAGAGUGUACACAUCCCACCAACAAUACCAAAACCAAAACCAAAACCAAAACCAAAACCAUAAUCACAAUCACAAUCACAAUCACAAUCACAAUCCACCGUUUUUCCUGCACACUGCAAAACGCUCUUCAAGUUUUGCUGGAUCAACAAACUACUCCAAAAGCAAAUACAGUGAGGCAAGAAACAACCCAAGUGAUGGCGCUACAAAUUCAAAUCCAUUCACUAUUGACUUUUACUCAUUUGCCGAUAUGAUUAGCCACGAGGAUGAAAAUUUGGCCAAUUUAUUAGAGGAAGUAGACGAUGACGACGACGAAGGACAAUACAAUAUUAGAAAUAAAAAUAACAACAACAACAACAACAACAACAAAAAUUAUAACGGAAAUCAAAAUGAAAUUGAGAAUGCUAAUGCUAAUUAUGAUGACGAAGAAAUUGAUCCUAUGAGUCCACCCCAAGACUACGUUGGAGAAGGCAUAGCUAAUCACAAUACACCGUUUAGAAGAGGAAGUUUUGCUACAAUCAGUGCACAGGACUACAUUGGUGUCUUGUAA